GCCGCCGCCUGCUCGCGCACCGCACGUAGGCGCCGCUUAAAGGGGCAACGUGGCGGGGCCGCCGCCCUCGCGGCCGGGCGGGCUGCAGCCCGCAGGUGGAGCUGGUGCCCUUUUAAGAGACGGCCGCCCAGUGCCGGUGGUUUAUUUACAUGGGGGCUCGCGGGCGUCACGUGACUGUCAGCGGCGGGGGCUGCGCGCGGAGCGUCCGCGGGGCCAUGGCGGGAACCGGCGACGACGGCUCCUGGGUGGAGCUGCGCUAUGGCCCAGGCUGCCCCGAGCCGGCACCCUCGCCCUUCUCCUGCCACGCUGACGUGGAGCGGAUGCUGCUGGAAGCCCAGCUAGAGACGGAGAGCGGGGACGGGGCCCUGCUCGUGCUGGACGCUCCAGCCUGGGAUGACAGUGGAGCCGGGCAGGCGAGCGAGCAGUCAGGGGAGAGCGAGGUCCUUCCUGCACACAGCCAGCCCCCACUGGGCUGCCCCCACCCCCAGGGGAUACGCUGGAGGAAACCAAGCGGAGACAGCGACUCCUGCCAGCGUCCCUGGGCUGGGCCUGUACCCGCUGCCCCCGGUACCUGUCUCCAAACCUGUGCUGUGGAGCCUGCAGGGAGGUGCAGUGGGGAGGAAGAAGAGACUUUUCAGUUCAGAGCUGCUGCUGCUCUUCAUCCCCUCGCUGCUGCUCAGCCACCUCCUGACCCUGGGGCUGGGGAUCUACAUUGGGAAGCACCUGGCAGCCACCUCGGCCAACCCCCUGUGAGGAGCCCUGUGCUGCCCCGCUCGGUGCUGCUCAACCGCGACUCGCCCGACAUCGAGAGCCGCCUCAAGCGCCGGCGCAACCGCACGCAGCAGGUCCGCUUCAAGGACCUGGUGGAGGGCGGCUCAGGGCGGGCGGGCAGCCCCCCGCCCGGGCCCGCGGCCACCCCCGGCCCCAACACCCCACGUGCCUCGCCGCCCCCCAGGGACGCCCCUGAGCCGGCGGCUCUCCGUGCCUCGCGGCGCAGCUGGCCCCAGGCACAGCCGGGCUCGCUGACGCUGCCCAUGCCCAGGAAGGCGUGCAUGAGCACGGCCAUCCAGACCUCCCCCAGCCUCCAGAAGCCCUUCCCAGCUCCCCAGCCCCGCAGCAGGAGCGUCUGCGAUGUGGCAGGGGAUGCGGUACUGCCCGCUGUGGCGAGUGCCCGGUGCCCUGGGGUGGCCGUGCCCACCGCGACCAGCUGGGCUGUGCCCCCGCGGGCCCCUGGCAACCUCCCCACACAUGACCGCACCGUGGCUCUCGCCCAGCACGCCACGGUGUGCCCCCUACCACUGCCACCGCCCAGGGACCCCCCUCCCCCGUACCGCGGCACAGCCGGGUGUCCUGCUGCCCGCUGCGCCCCGGAGCCCUGCCCGCCGCCCCCCGCCUGUGCCCAGCUCCGCGGGAGCCCACGAGGUGGCCACGGGGUCACCCCACGCCCGGCCUCCGUACCCUGUGGCCAGCCCCGACCUCCCGCUGAGCACCGGGGGCUUGGCCGGAGCGACUCAGAGCGGGCCCUGCCCUGCGGCCGCCCACCACCCCAGCCCUCCCCGCACCGCCGGCAGCCCGGCCCCGCCACGGACACCCACGGCCUCCGCCAGCCACCUCAGGGCAACCCCCCCCGGGACCCCCCUCCACCCCACCACCAGCUCUGCGGCUCGCCAUGGCGGGGGCCCUGCUGCGCCUCGCCAGCCCCCAUCCCACCGGUGCCGGGCUGGCACAGCUCUGCUGCUGCUGCUGCACCGGAGAAGACACCAGCUGUGCUCAGCACCUGCAGCCGGCUCCACGCUGCUGAGCCCGGGCAUGGCCGGGCAGGACCCGAGGGACACAGGGAGCUGCUGCCCCCGGUCCCACAGGGCCCCAGCAUGGGGACACAAACAGCAGGGUGGGCACCAGAGCCCCCCCAGCACGGGCAGCCCUGCCUCGCUGCUGAGCAACCGGAGACACUGCACCAUGUCCAGGACCUGCUGCAGCUGGUGGUGGUGGCCAAGGGACCGGUGGGACCACCAGCGAGGGACGAGGACGCCCAGACAACUCAGGGAGAGGGCCCCUGGCGGCCCGGGGAGCAGGGAGACCUGCAUUCCCAGCUGCAGUCCCUGGAAGGGGUGCUGGAGACCAGCCAACAAACCAUCAGGGUGCUGCUGGACGUCAUCCAGGACCUGGAGAAGAAGGAGGCGCAGCGGGACGGGCGACACUCGUACCGGACCGGGCAGGACAUCGCCAACUGCGGGACCUGCCGGGACUGUGCCUGUAUCAUCUACAGCGUGGAGCACGAUUUCCGGCAGCAGGAGGGCCGCUUCCAGCGCGUGCUGAGCCACAUCGAGGGCACCCCCGGGCCGAGCCCCCCCCCGACGGCCGUGGGGGCAGCGGGCACCACCUCACCGACCAGGCAGGAGCUGUCCCCGGCCCCAAAGCUGCCCGUGAAGUUGGACGUGAAGAAAUCGCGGCGCAAAUGCUUCUGGUUCCUGUGACCUUCGAGCCUGCAGCGCGGGGGCACCGGCCCAGCACUGACCCCCUGCCCACCUCUCCUCCCUCCCUCCUACGGUGGGGUUUGGGUAGCACCAGCUUUUCUAUUUUUGACCAUUCCGUUCAAGGCGGGAGCCCGGGUGUGGAGGGGAGCUGUGGCUGUAUUUGAGGAGAACUCAAUAAAUUCCACAGAGACGCUAUUUUUGUUA